GCUACAUGUACAAGUGUACCGCGUACCGUGUGCAGUGUGGUCUGGUAUUUACCGUCUCAUUUUGCAUCUCACACCAUUGUGGUUUUGGCUACCCUCCCAAACCCCUUGACCUCGCUGUAUCUCGCUCUUGACAGGGAAGAAGAGUCGUCAUUUCACUUCAUUAUUAUUUGAUGUUGUUGCAGUCUGAUCCCAAGCGAUCAGUGCUUGCCUGAAUAUCUUUCCUCAGAAGCCCACCCAACCAAAAAGCUACCCAGAGAUACCCCAACGACAAACAACCGAAUAUUAACAAUCAACAACCAUGAUACCCAUCUGCCUCUUCCGGUGGGUGUUGCUUCUUUGCCUCUUGUUUCCAUGUGGCGCCUUUUUCAACUAUGAAGUCGAACGACGUGUGGUAGAGCGAGUGUCGGAUUUCAUGUCAGGCCCCAUGGUGGUAACGAGUUUGCUGGAGCGCUUCCGUAAAAACGGGGCCUUUCCCCACGACUUGGAUGUGCGAGACCGCGAUUCCUUUGCCACGCUCGCGUACAGUUUGUUGAACGAGUAUGGCUUUGACAUGAUCUAUUAUGGAACAGAAGAUGGUAUUUUUGUCGGAUUCAAUUCCGAAGUUUGGGGAACCUACCGCGAACCCGUCAACAGUGGAUACCUCAUUGACCAAGAACCCGAUAUGCUCAAGUAUUACAAGGCGUGUGUCAAUCGCAACACGGGGGAAGAGGAGAAUUGCACCAUUGCCGCCGAGGCCGAGUAUGUGGCUUGCAUUGAUGGCUGCGCGCUGGAAAUUUGUGGGGGACCAGAGACCUGUUCCGAGGAUGAUAUCCUUUGUACCCGCCAACAAAUUCGGUGCCCCAAGUACGAAAUCAAACAAGCCAUGGUGGAAGACGCACCCAGCAUGGGCUACGUGCCGCGGACGUAUCAUUGUCAUACACCCACGGGAGUGUUUAGUCAACAACCGGGAGCCAUUCUACGAGACAAUGGAGAACUCGGAAAUUGCCUGUACGGGGACAAGGCGACCUUGGUCAAUCGAUCCUUGCCCGGUGAUUACGUCUAUUGUGGCAACAAUGGAGAAGUCUGUGACAAUGUCUUUGUCGGUGGCUUUCGAUCACGUGAUUACGAUCCUCGUUACCGGACGUGGUACAAGCGAACCAAAGCGGUCCAAAAACCCAACUGGGCCGACCCGUACACCUUCUUUUCCAAUCUGGAUCUGGGCAUCACCUACAGCGCCCCCUUUUAUACAGUCGAUGAACGGACCCGUCAACAAAUCUUCCGGGGUGUCUUUGCCGUGGAUUAUACCUUUGCCGACAUUGGAAGGUUCUUGCAAACUUCCUACGGACAAAACGCCACUACGGAAGAAGAAACCUACGUCGUCAUUUACGAAGCCAAAUACCCCCACUUCAUGGUCGCUUCCUCCACCGGACGCGCUGCCACAAGCAAGGUGCUGACAGAAGACCCCACUCAACAAUGCCCCGACGACGCCAGCGACAGGACUCCAUGUGAAGUCCGACGUGUCACCAUGGCCGAACUGGCGGGGCAUCCCAUGGACGACAUUUUGCACACGUCCUACAUCCACCAAGUGGAACAAAAUCACCCCCGCAACUUGGUGCCCACCAAAUUAUCCGAGGAUGCCGCUGCGGGCACUCCUGCCUAUGUGUCGCAAUCUUCGUUCUAUGAUGUCAGUGGUGACGAUGAUUUGCAAUGGAUCAUUUUGGUCAUUAGUCCCAUUGAACGAGCUGACAAUGACGCCUUGACUGUGGAAGACGCCUUGUUUGGUCUGGUCUGUGUCAUUGCGGGGCUCGGCUUUUUCCUCUGCCUGCUCAUGUUUGUUUCCUUUUAUUUCAAGCGCCAUCAUCGGGCCGUCAUUUUGACGGAUUGGAGAUUCACGUCGGCCUUUUUGUUGGGCUGUGCUCUGCUCAAUCUGAGCAGUUACACCUUCCUAGGUGAGAACACGUCAGGGACGUGUCUGGCACGCAUGUGGACCUUCCAUCUACUCUUUGCCGUGACCAUGUCGCCUCUUUUUGUCAAGACCUACCGAAUGUACCGAUUGGUGGGAACCGCCCACCGCAACCCUUCCAUCAUCUCCAAUCCUCAGGCGGUCGCCAUGACUCUUCCAGUGGUGUUGAUUCAGGUUAUCAUUCUGACGGUCUUUACCAUUGUGGAUCCUCCUCAACCACAGGACAUUAUCUUGGUGGAAGACAGCGCAGUGACACAGCGCGUGGAAUGCGCGAGCAAAUCGGAAGCAUUCGAUUAUGCGGUUUUGGGGUACGAAGCUGGUCUUGUCGUGAUUGGUUGCGUCUUGGCCUUCAUCACGAGGAACAUGGACUCUGGGUUCGGUCAGUCCAAGGAGCUUUUGUUCUGUAUUUACAACAUUGCCUUUAUCGGACUGGUCGUUUCGGUGAUGCGGUACGCCAUGGAUAUUGACAAGACGGGCGAGAUCAUCCUCUCCACCAUCGGCAUCUUUGCCUCCACCGUGUUUAGUUCGGCGGCCUUUGUCGUUCCCCGCAUCAUUCAAACCCAACAAGAGCACCGCGUGGUGGCCCGUCGUGCCAGCAACCAGCCCGCCGCUCCCCAACCAGCAGCCAAGAAGAAGAAAGAGGGACGCAGCGUCAACUUCAGUGAGAAUGUGGAUAUCCUUGACGGCGACGAUCAAGAGCGGGCCGUGACAGGGUGGUCGGCGGUGGAGCUUGAGGAGGACGCUGCCGAAGGAAUGAAGCGUGCCAGCAGCAUUGGCUCUGUGGACGAUGAUGAUGUGUGGACGCAACAAAACAGUGUCGAUCAAAUGAAGCAAGUAGCGAUGCCGGACGAAACUUGGAGGUCCACCGACUUGAGUGAUCCGUCCCGCCAAUCCGGUUCGCUCCUCUCGGCUUCGCACCAGUCCGACUCCCAGGCGUCCCCUAAGAAAGACCGUAGCGCGGAAGAGGACGAGGAAUACAUGACAAUGGAAGCUUGAGGUGUGGGCACGGCAAUUCCCGGCACGAUGAUGUGCCUUGUUACAUAAGUGAUGCAUAUUAUUAAUACUGUUAGGUUUUAGAGGUUGUUUGCCUAGACUUUGGAGC